UGCCAGCCUUUAAAUACCUAAUGUACACACAGAGCACAUGUACAGAAAGAGAGAGAAGUGCUUAGAGCCAUCUAGGUCUUCAGGGGUCCCAUUGUGAGCUUUGACCAUGGAUUUCACCACAUUGCCAGCAGCUGCUGAGAUAGGCUACAAUCCCCCAUUGGUUGAGAAGAAUGUGGCACCAGCAAAGGAUGAGGACAUGGCCUCACCAGAGUGCACAGAGCCUGCGGAUUGUUACCUGUCUGAUAUGAUGCAACAACUGACCAGUGUCAACGCUGCUAUGCCCUCUAAAAAGGAUGUGAUCCUCCAGGAGCAAGCAGAGGAUCCGGCCUGCAAUCCAAUUUUCUGGAUCAGCAAAUGGAUGGAUUAUUCUGCAAAGUAUGGACUAGGUUACCAGCUGUGUGAUAACAGUGUAGGUGUUCUCUUCAAUGACUCCACUUGGCUGAUAAUGUACAAUGAUGGAGUCAGUUUACAGUACAUUGAGAGAAAUAAUACAGAGUCACACCACGAUGUGCGCUCUUACCCAUCAUCACUGACAAAGAAGGUCACACUACUGAAAUUUUUCAAGAACUACAUGAACGAUCACCUUUUGAAGGCCGGUGCCAACAUCAGUCCCCGGGAGGGUGACAAGAAGGCUCAGGUUCCCUUCCUGCGGACUUGGUUCAGCACAAGAAGAGCAAUCGCCCUACAUCUGAGCAAUGGAACCGUUCAGAUUAACUUCUUCCAGGAUCACACAAAAAUCAUCCUGUGUCCUCUUAUGGCUGCUGUCUCCUAUUUUGAUGAGCAACAGAAUUUCCACACAUACAAGUUGAGCCUUAUAGAAGAGUUUGGAUGCUCAAAAGAUCUAGCACGGCGCUUGCAUUAUGCCCGCAGCAUUGUGGAGAAACUGCAGAGCUCAAAGUCUGGUGCAAGGCACAAAAAGGCCCCAGCCUAGCUGUACACAGUCUCCUGAAUGGGGAGCUUUGUGACAGCCACAAUGGCAGAUGUUUUUCUUUAUUCCUGAGGUUUAAGAUUGUACUGACCGCUAGUGCCGACUGGGGUCUCUUUCAACUAACAAGUUGUUUGGUUUCAUAUCUCUUUGUCUUGGGCAAGAUCCUGUUAUGUGGGUCACUUCCUAAUGUUGUCAGGUUUAUUGUAAAAUAACAACUUUAUAAUGUUGGUGUAUUAAUAUUAAAGAUUUUUGUAUAUGAA